AACGACAGCGUAUGGGAUUAAAAAAAAUUCUUUCGAUUUGGUCUGCGAAAAUGGGAGUUGAAGAGGAGGAUACAAAGCAUAAUUAAAGAAUGUUGAAGAAUGCAGUUGAGGGAGCGUUGAGCCACUUCCUAAUUCCCCCACCCACUAUCCAAAUCUUCAUCAACUCCACCAAUUCUCUCUCUCUCUGUCUCUGUGUAUUAUAAAAAAAUUCAAUUCCUCUGAAAAAAGUGAAAAAUUAGAUCUGCGUUUCUUCUCAAAACUCCGAAAUUCUGAAAGCUUUUUUUUUUUUUUUUUUACUCCAUCAAUGGCGGGAUUUUUAUCUUCUGUCAGGCGUCUCUACCUCACGCUUUACAACUGGACUGUAUUUCUUGGCUGGGUUCAAGUUCUGUAUCUUGCCGUAACGACGCUGAAAGAGUCCGGUCACCAACAGGUCUACAAUGCCGUUGCGCGUCCCCUUCAGCUCGCUCAGUCCGCUGCCGUUUUGGAGAUUCUUCACGGCCUAAUAGGUCUGGUUAGAUCUCCAAUUACGGCUACACUGCCCCAGAUAGCUUCAAGGUUGUACGUGACAUGGGGAAUCUUAUGGAGUAUUCCCGAGCUUCUUGGCGGCAGACUCGUUCUCAUAUACUUGUCAGCUCUUUGGUCAUCAGUUGGUCUCUCACGGAGGCAAGUAGCAUUUAGCGGUUUCUGUUUCUACCCGAUUAUACGGUACUCUUUCUUUGGCAUGAAAGAGGCACUUGGUUUUGCACCUUCAUGGCUCUUGUGGCUCAGGUAUAGCACCUUUUUAUUGUUGUAUCCAACUGGCAUCACCAGUGAAGUUGGUCUGAUUUACCUUGCCCUCCCGUACAUUAAGGAAUCCGAGAAGUAUUGUCUGAGGAUGCCGAACAAAUGGAACUUCUCUUUCGAUUACUUCUAUCUUGCAAUCAUUGCUCUAGGAAUCUAUGUCCCAGGCAGUCCUCACAUGUACACUUACAUGCUUGGGCAGAGAAAGAAAGCUCUCUCAAAAUCCAAGAGGGAGUAAAAUGGUAGCAAAAUUUGAAUGUUAUUCCCCUUGUUUAUUAGAGCAUGUUGUACUUGAAAUGGAAAUGUAUUUUUCAAAGUGGUUUUGGGUAGCGUGAUGUUAUGUCCAGAAUUAGAGUUCUUUAUCUCUCCCUAUUUCCUGAAGGUUAAGAAAAA